GACGCGCGGCCCUUCUCCUUCCCAGGUGCUGCUGCUGUGAGGCGGUGUGGCCGGGACCGCGGGCAGAGCAUGGGGUCGGGAGAGCUGAUGCAGAAGAUCAGCAUUGGCGCAGAGAGCCCCCGGGGCGGCGAGAGGAGCGACUUCGUCUCCGGGCUGGCUGUGCCGGAGAGGGGCCCCCCCGGCUCCUGGAGGCAGAAAUGUGCAGCCUACGUGCUGGCCCUCAGGCCUUGGAGCUUCAGUGCCUCCCUCACCCCGGUGGCGCUCGGCAGCGCCCUGGCGUACCGGGCCCAAGGAGCACUAGAUCCAGGGCUGCUGGUGGGAAGCGCUGUGACUGUCCUCGCUGUGCAUGGAGCAGGCAACCUGGUGAAUACUUACUAUGACUUCUCCAAAGGCAUUGAUCACAAGAAGAGUGAUGACAGGACUUUGGUGGACCAGAUUUUAGAACCUCAGGAUGUAGUCCGGUUUGGAGUCUUCCUUUACACUGUGGGCUGUAUCUGUGCUGCUGGGCUCUACUGUGUCUCUACACUCAAGCUGGAGCACCUGGCCUUGAUUUACUUCGGGGGACUUUCCAGCUCCUUCCUUUAUACUGGAGGAAUUGGAUUUAAAUAUGUUGCACUUGGAGACGUGGUGAUCCUGAUCACCUUUGGGCCCCUGGCUGUCAUGUUUGCCCAUGCUGUGCAGGUUGGUUAUCUGUCUGUCUCACCGCUGCUCUACGCUAUCCCACUAGCUCUCAGUACCGAGGCCAUCCUGCACAGCAACAACACGCGAGACAUGGAGUCUGACCAACAGGCGGGUAUUGUCACCCUGGCUAUCCUCAUCGGCCCUGCCUUCUCCUACAUUCUCUACACCGUGCUGCUCUUCUUGCCCUACCUGAUUUUCUGUGUGUUGGCCACACGCUACACCAUCAGCAUGGCCUUGCCUCUUCUCACCAUCCCAAUGGCAUUUUCACUGGAGAGGCAGUUUCGGAGUCAGAGCUUCAACAAAAUUCCUCAGCGGACAGCCAAACUCAAUCUCCUCUUGGGGCUCUUCUAUGUUUGUGGUAUUACCCUAGCACCAGCCGGGGCUCUCCCCAAACUGUAACAGGAGCUGUAGAGUCAGGCCUCACAACUCAGUAUUAACACCAAUUAACAGUGGUCGAUGUGGGUGGAUGACCUGUUACGGACAGUAGGAAGAAUGGAGAGACCUUCUUGAGCUCAUGAUUGUAUGUGAAUUUUAUAAUUUCUGGUCUCAGUUAGCUUGCACGACAGAUUUCUGAAAAGUGCUUUGUCAGUCCUUUGGAAGGGAUGACCUGCGCUGCGUUGCUUCAGGAGGAACAAUGCAACUUGAGAACAAGGAAACGUUUAAAGAACCUUGUGCUUCUGCCACUGAAUUCUGAGGGGCUUUCACCGUUAAGUUAACGGAAAUAAGCCUGAGCCUCAAAUAUAAACUCUCCUUUCCAUUUACAAGCACAAGGAUUGCUCUUAUGACUCCUUUACCGCGGUCAAGGGCUUCCAGUGUCUCCUGCGCGGUAAACACAAAGCACUGCCAAAUGUUUAGUGUCA